CGUGUCUGUUGCAGCUCCUGACCCACACCUUCGGUAUCGGUUUUACGAACGUCGCGUCUUGAUCAAAGAAACACGUUCGUUUCAGUUUCUGCCUGUCUGGCCUAAAAUUAUGUUGUUAGCUUCGAUGACAUCAAAACCAAAAGUGGGACUCGUCCAAAUGAAAAAGCGUUUUACAUCAACGUGUCGUGAAACUUUCGGCUAUUGCAACUUCGUGCUUUCGUCCCGGAAUAAUUCGAAUCUCCGCUACGGCACGAAAAGGAUAAAAGUGAAGAAUUUUAAGUAGAUUUGCUUCCUCAUCUUCUACCCAGGAAUAAUUAUUGCAGUACUUACUAGUUGUACCACACCCCGGAAUUUUAAGUUUCCACUCGACGAGCAGUACGUACCAGACACGUUGAAGUUCACUCGACGCCGUUUGGUAGAGGCAAAAGCUAGAUAGCCAAGUAGUAAAAGAGGCUCGGUGAAAAACAACCAGUGAAUCAGGAGACAAAGUAGACUGCAUUUUCUUCUCUCCCCUCCUGUCCUUCCCAACAUGUCGCUCGCAGCCCGGUCGUUCCUCAUCGCAGGAGCCUGUGCGCCGUUGCAAGGGCCGCACCAGGUAGUACAGUCGUGCUGUAGUUGUAGAAAAGAAGGAAAAGCGCACUAGUUGUAAGUCUUUCAGUUCUCACUACCAGGGCCGGCACUGCAUAAAAAUCCGGAGGAUGAUGAUGUUUCCAGAGGGUAGAUGAGUUGUAGUAUGAGCGGUUGUAGUAGCUCCUGUUGGUGCCUGUGUGAAAGCAACUGCAACAACAUGAGGACGAGAACUUUGGCUUUUGCAAUUUGUUGUGCGCUACGCAUACGCUUACUGUCAACCUCAAUCCCGAUCCCCUUUCAAGCACUACUACACGCGGGGACAAAAUAAAAAUUUUGUAGAUCGCCCCUUCUUGGUCAUCUUAAUCUCAUCCCCAACAUUAAACUAACUACUUACUCAACACACACAUCAGGUGGUGUCUGCGCACAAGCACAACGGGCGCCACGCCGUCCCGGUCGUCCCUCGUCCUUUGAAGCAAGGACAAAGCUCCAUGUCCUCGUUGAACCAGCAUGUUCGCCCGUCCGGAAAAAAGGCUUUCUUGCAGAAGGUUUUCGCCAAGAAGGAAAAGCUAUGCACUGCAAAAGCAUCGUACUAGUAGUGAUUGCAAUACAAAUUCGCUCAGCAUGAUGACAGUUGGAAUUUGUCAUGCUGAUUUAAUACCUUGCUUGGGAACGGGAUGCAUAAGUGCAAUUAGUACGAGAGCGAUACUUUUGCACUGGAUAUUAAAAGGUUGGUUGCUCCGGUGAUAGUACGGAUUCAUCCGGCGCCUCGAGCAAUUCGACGACGACUGACACUCGCGACCACGCGGGAGGUUCAAGCCACGGGGGAACCGGGAGCACGGCGGGCGCCGGCGCCGAGGAACCACCGCGGGAGCCGAGUAGCGGAGCCCCUGCGGAUAUCGAAAGGAAAAACUCCCCCUCCCCAUAUUGAAAAGGUACGUUUCCGAAUAUUUGUGUUGCUGAUUUGAGGCCACAGAUCACAUUUGUGUUGCAAGAAGACAAGGGCAGAAGCUGCCGCCCCAUUAUGGAAGCCGUUUGUCAUGCUGUUUGGCCUAAAGGGGAGCCGUUUGCCAUGCUGAACAACUAGACCCAGACGCCUCUGCUUAGGCUGGGUAUCUGGCCGCAGUGCCUUCCUGCAAUACAAAGCGCAUUUGUGUACACAGAUCCAGCAUGAUAUGGGGAGGGGGGAUCAUUUUUCAUUUUGAUAACGGAUGGAGAGGGUUCGGCCGGCGGCGGCGGGGACAGACAAAGCACCGCGUGCCGCCAGUUGGCAGACAAGGAUGCGUGCAAUGCUGCGACCGAGCAAAAGUGUGCUUGGUCAGACCAACCGUUGAAAAUGGACCCCGCCAACUACGGAAGUUGGAAGUGGGACUUUGACGCGAAGCAGUGCAUGGACUGCGCCGCGCUGGAGCAAAAAUAUGAUCCCGUCAAUAUGGGCUGCAUAUGCAAAUUGCACAUAUGAUGGCUGGAUCUUCUCGAAGGAUGCAACUUUUGGUCAUGCUCGCUGCGUCUGCUGGACCGUUCAAAAAUGAAUAAAUCUGUGUUGCAUGAUGAGCGCCGAAAAUCUUCUUGCGUAAUUAUGGUACUGCCUUGCUACGCGUAAUGGGCGAAUUUCUCUUUCUCAUCAUGCGGGACGAUUAUAGGCAUUUUUACUAGGAAGCUCGAGCAGAAAACGUCUCGCCUUUGGGCUGAUCGCAGUCGUCGUCUUGUUCGUGCUCGUUUACAUGUGCCUUGUGAAGCCGAGGGAUUUGAGUUUCGGCUUUGUGAGGAUGAGAUAUGCCUUUUCGGUCCUCGGACAAGCUCGCCUUUUUCGGUUUCCUUCUUCUACCUGAUUCGCAUGCCCGAGUAGAAUCGCGCCUCGCUUGCGUCUUUCUUUUUUCUCGCUUUGCUUGAGCUUCGGACGAGUCUUGUACUCGGAUGAGAGAAGGUGUGGCGCAUACGUACGUAGGUCUGUACUAUGUACAGGUUUAGAGCCAGCGCAGCUGAAGCCCUACUGUGUUGGACUUCCGGCUGGCCACUGGAUUGUCCUUCAUAGGCCGCCGAGAGAUUCGCUCGCCUCGCUCGAUUUUUUUCUUCAUCCUUCUCUUUUUGCUUUUCUUUUUCAAAAAACUAUGCAUGUAGGGACGCACGUGGCAAGAUGGGCGUCCGUCGCGGCCGGUUCUCCCAGGGUUUCAGGGUUUAGGUCGUUUAGGGUUCCUAGUUUGAUUUUACUCGGAAGCUCGAGCAGAAAAAUAACCUGUGAUCAUGCUUCUGUGUCCAUUCCCGACCAGCUGUGUGGUCCACCACGAGAUCAUGUAGUUGACCAUCGAUCAUGUUGACAAAGAGCCUUGCACUUCUCAUCUUCCAGAGGACCCAGACAUAUUUCUUUCCCAGGUAUAGUGCGUGCAAGAGUCCGGUGGCGCGUGCCAGUACAUAUCAAAUGCAAAAAUGUCUGGGUCUGGGAGAUUGCGAGAUUUGUCAUGCUUGUCUGGCAUGACUCUGAGCUCUCCGUUGCAUGGCCGCGAAGAGCUCCUCCUCCCUGUCAUGCAAAAACGCGGUUUCUCAUGCGGAGUACGCAACUCAGAGCCAUGGAAGAAACUUGUCAUGCUUGGCAGCGCAUUAUAGUGAGUUCACUACUCCCUUUCUUGCAUCACAAGUUUCCAGACCCAGACAUUUUUGCAGUUGAUAGUACAAUGCCGACGACAACACAUGCAUACCGGCGGUCGUCAAUUAGACA